UUGGAGCUAUCAUACUUGGAAUAUAAGAGUCUAGAAAAAACUCAACCACUUCUGAAACAAAAUACAGAAACACAUAAACCCAUCAAUUCUUAUAGCUUUUUCAUUGUUUCUGCAAUAUGCGACAACUGAUGAGAAAUCAAAAGGAACAUGAAUGACAAACCCGACCAAGAAUUAAGCUAAAUCACAACUCCAUGGAUAGAAUCAGCACCAGUAUAGACGACUUACCAGACUCAAUUCUUCACCACAUCAUAUCACUCCUUCCGACAAAUCUUGCUGUUCAAACAAGCUUAGUGUCCAAAAAAUGGCAGGAUUUAUGGACAUUCAGUUCUGAUCUCAGUUUUGCAGUUCGACUUUUGAACAGAAAUAUGAUGAAUUCUGUUGAAAGGGUACUUCUUCUUCAUAACUUAUCCUGCUUAAGAUCAUUCACUCUGACCUGUUUAGUCGACGAUGAUUCCUAUCGGGUUUAUUCGUGGAUUUCCGCUAUAGCAAACCGUAAAAUUGAGAAAUUAUCGCUCGAUUUGUUUCAUAUUGUAUCGCCAAUUAAAUUGCCGGCGUGUUUGUUUACGUGUCAAUCAUUGACAGAGUUCAGAUUAUCCAUGGAUUAUGACCUUGCCCUUCCUUCUUCUGUCAAAUUAUCAAAUCUCAAGAGCCUGACUCUUCAGCGUGUCAAAUUCCUUGAUGAACGAGCAAUCCAGUCACUGUUUUCUAGUCCAUUGCUGGAGUAUUUGUUUGUUGAUAAGUGUGACUGGAAGAAUCUGAAAUCUGUUUCGAUUUGUGGCCCGAAACUCUCGAGCUUGUCGAUAAAUGAUCAUGUGAUAAUCAAUAAGAAAAUCAGUGACAGGAUUGUGGGUGAUCCUGAUGGCUGUCAGGUUUUUAUUUUUGGAAAAGGUCUUAAAAGUUUUACGUACAGAGGCGAAUUUGUUAAUGAUUAUAACUUUUACGAUGCUUCUUCUAUAGUCGAGGUUCAUAUUACGGCUGUUCAGUGGGAUGCAUCGGACAUUUAUUGCAGCCGCCUCACUAAUUUGCUUACAGGACUUUCAAAUGUCAGAGACUUGAGGUUAUCUUCUCAGACCCUUCGGGUUCUGAAUUAUGAUCAAAGGCUCAUUAGUCAGCUGCCUAUCUUUAAUAAUUUAGCUGGACUAACAAUCGAUACGGCGUCGGUGGAGUACAAUAAUAAGGCGCUGCAAAAUAUAUUUGAGAACUCUCCUCAUCUUAAAACUAUCGAGUUUAUUCAGGGGGUUAGUUUGGGUCCUGAAGAUGAUGAAGAUUCAGGGAGAUCAUAUUCAGUAUCUUCAAGUGAUUUAUCAAAUGUGAAGAGUAUUGAAAUCAGACAUUUUGAGGGAAGCAGAUGGGAAGAGAUUUAUGUGGUGAAGAGUUUGCUGAAAAGAGCACCAAAACUAGAGACUAUGGCUAUAUCAUGUUGGGGUAACCCUAGCUCCCUUAUGUUGACCAAACUUCAUGAACUCUUGCUUGAUCUCCCAAAAACCUCUAAAACUUGUCAUCUUGUUUUUUUUGAUUAUGAUAGUUAUGGCAGAAAAAUUAAUUGCCAAAACUAACUAACCGAAUUUAAAUCGAACCGAAAUUUCGAGUGUCGUA